CCCUAUAAAUACCCCCUCAGUGAAGUUCUCGACACACCCCAUAUUCACUUCUCAACUCUCUCUCUAAACUAAAAGAAUAUGGGGCGCCUUGCUACUGUUUUCUUUGUACUGAUGCUUGUCGUCAUCAGCACUGAAAGAGGUCCAAUGGUGGGAGAGGCAAGGACAUGCGAGUCACUGAGCCAUCGUUUCAAGGGAGCGUGCGUGAGUUCCACCAACUGCGCAUCGGUUUGCCACACCGAAGGCUUCCCCGGCGGCAACUGCAGAGGGUUUCGUCGCCGUUGCUUCUGCACCAAACACUGUUGAAAGGUUCCAUUUCAAGCAUUAGGCUGUUAUUGGUUUUGCAAUGUGUUUGAUGGACUUUCUCUCUUUUAUGUCUUUUUUACUGAGUGGAGUUAAUGAAUGGUGUCUCUCAUGCUGAGACUUCUGUCGUGGUGUACUGUUGAAUAAUGGCAAUAAUUGUGUGGGAAUGUUAUUUUACUUGUGUUUCGCC